UAAUGGCUUGUAUGCCUCUCCAGUGGCUUCAAGACGACAACAACUCAUGUUAUCAACAUUUAACCACAUUAUUUUUGGGCACAGAGGACUUUUUACCCUUUCUUUGAAAGAUGAUGGAAGCAAAACUUAUUGUACUCGCGGUUGUCAAUUCCUUACUCAGUGCAUUUGGAAGUUUAAUGAAUUUAGUGGUUGCUUUUGUCAUCGUUAACAAUCGAAACCUGCAGAAAGGGCUAAAUCUUCUGAUCUUGAGCCUUUGUGUAGCAGACUUCAUGAACUGUGCAAUUUCGCAACCGAUAUAUGUGUACGCUGUUCUAAACCUUGGUGAGACAAGCCUAACGUUUAUGAAGACUUUUACGAUGGUCGCUGUUAUCACUCUACACGCUUCCACCAUGAAUCUACUGGCCAUGACAAUCCACCGAAUAAGAGCGCUUUCCCGCCCUUUUUCGUAUCUUUUUCUGUCGAGGCAGCAAGUUGUAAUCGCAGUCACCCUGGUUUGGGUAAUGUCGGUUCUAGUGGGUGUGUUUUUCGCAACUGAUACUGGCAAACUUGUAGCGGCGUAUUUUCAUUUGGCAAUGACAUUAGCGUGGAUUGCUGGCUAUGUCGGCCUCUUUUGUUUGGUUAAAAGGCAUAGGGCGAAGAUAGUUGCAUUGGAAGGUUCACCCACGACACAGUUGCAAACUGCUAGUCUCGAAUAUGAGAGCGAAUCCGUAAAAACCUCGGCCAUUUUAGUAGCUUCCUCGCUGAUUUGUUUCUUCCCGGAUAUUGUGUUGGAUUUCAUGGGACGCGCAGACGAGAGCAGAAUGGAUUGGGGAUUCACCAUUUUGUUCCUGAGCUCAUCCUUAAAUCCUUGCUUAAUCAUUUGGCGCAGCCACCAGUUUCAGGCCGUACUUACCAAGAUGGUGCGAGACAUUCGGCAGUGGCAAGGUUUUCAACGGUAAACUGGAGUGCAUCGUUUGUGAAGCUUCUAUCAAAUGGUCCUUGCAAAUAAGUCGACGCUCUGUAUUUAGUAACAACACUUAAGCUGAAAGCUUUGCUUGUAACUGUCGAAGGUAUCUGUGAUAACUCCCCUGGAAAAAAGAGACAGAAAGAAAUGACAGAAAUAAUCUCUAAAGCGUCUGUUUGAUCACGGUAGUUUUUUGUUUGUGGUGAGCUGUCUACCUGAGCAGUCGUCGUGUUAAAUGUUCGAUUUAUAGAAUACUGUUAAAAUAGAAAAUGGAAAACUUUAUUUUAAAUUGAUCAGUACGCCUUUGUUACUCAGAUGGUUAGAAUAAAAAUUAAUUGAGUGAUUUAGCUAUUUUAGAA